GACUUUCCCCCUACUCUCAACGAGGCCUUCCCGGUCACCGUCACAAAGCACUGGAAUCAAUUUUGCAGUGACGUCCUCCAAAAAUGCGGUAACAUGAGGGCCCAGCCGCUCCACCCUUCCCAUUGCAGACUCACCAUGAAUGAACGUUGCAAAGCCACAGAUGAUGUUUACAAGGAAACAAACCUGGCUGUGAUCUUUUACCGCGUCCAGUGGAAGAGAGCAAGUAUGAUAGAAUGGCGGGAAGCUUUCGAUAAGUUCUUCCCCCCUCCUGGAACGCCCCCUCCUCUCCAACCACAGAAUUAUACAACCAUGCAAUCCUGGCUUGACUGGGCAGAUAUGAAGAGGGACAAGCCACGAGACGUGGUCGACGCCGUUCGGACAAGAUACUUGACUCUCUUCAAUCAAUUGGCCUGGAUCCCCAAACCACACAACGACCGCCUCUGGAAGUACACUCUGGACGAUGGCUUCACCAUGUUACCUGCCACUCACCGUUCAAGUGCACCGCAAGUCAUUUUCAAACCU